CUUUUUCUUGCAACUAUACUUGAUGAGGGGAAAAUGUGAGAGGCUGUAAUCUUGCACACCCUUGCCUGAAAAUUAGCCAGAUUGAGCAUAUGAACUGAGCCUAUGUCAACCUAUGUAAGACUGCAUUUUAAAUGGACACAUCUAAACAAAUUAACAGCAUUAUAUUAACAUUUUAGAGAAACAUUUUACAGUUUAGAGUAUAAUUGGAAAAGCAUGACAUUCAUUGUGUUAUUUGGUUUUAGGGGAAAAAAGGGUGUAUUGUAUGAGACCUGUUAAUCCAGUAACUGUAGGAGAUGAAAAAAACUGUAUUCAUUAUAUAUGUAUCAUUCCUAGAAGUAACAAACCUGAAAAAAGUUUCCUUUUUUAUGCUUGUUUUUACAGUUCAAAAUAAUGCACAAAGAUUUUUUUUCCAGAAAAGAACGGGUUAACAGAUUUCUACCCCAGCUUACUGGCUUGGCUCAGCUCAGCUUUUUACCACCAAAAGAUUUCUUAUGGACCAUAUCACUUUGAUUUUCUUUUUAAACUUUGAACGUUAACUGAAAAUAGAUGGACUGUCUCUAGCCCUUCCUUGGGCCAAAGCAGGAGGCUUCCUCAGGCUUGGAGCAUUUGGGCCGGUCAGCAGAUCCUUCCUCUGCCCGUCAUCUUUCUGUGAUUCCCAUCACUCCAUAGGCUUCCUUGGCUGUUGAGGGAAAUCUUCUGACCAGGUUGUCAUCGCCCCGCUCCAUAAGGUUGUCUUCUGUUUUUAUAGAGAUGUAAUUGGUAGGAGAACAGAUAAACAUUCUGUUCAUCUACAUGUUACUGCCUACACCUAAAAUAUCUGAAUGGUGCUUCCAGGAUACCUUUGGUGAAGACAGUAAGAGGGAGAUAAAUGGAAUUGAGAGUAGGUCUGUUAGGCAAAUCUUGAACUAUUUUCUGCUUGUCUACUUUGAACUGUUUCAGAGGUUUUGGCACUGGAGAAAGGCUUAUAUUUGGUCAGCUGUUGUUUUAAAGCAUUUUGGUCACUCUUGAAACUUUAGUGAAAGCAUUUGGUCAGUAUUGCUUGUAGGUAACACAAAAUGAAAAGUGAAUUGGGGGGGUAGGAGGAAGAAAACUGUCUUUGCCCUUAUGUUCAAAGUUCUAACAGCCCAUUCUGGAUGAGAAGAGAGGAAGCUCCAUGCAAACACUCUUUAUGGCUGAUAAUCUUGAGAGGGAGAAAAGGCAACCUCUUGGAGAGAGCUUUGGCCCCUCAAGCUAAUAAAAAUUUAAGAGACACAUGAAAGCCAGGUAAGCUUUUCCAGAGGCAGCAUUCUGCAGAUGGCACUGUUUAAAACCAUCUUUUCAGAGGUAAUUGUAGAUCACUUUUAAGUGGAAGACUUGGAAGAGAGCCUAGAAGACUAGGUGGGUAAAUAUGGGAAGAGACCGUCACUUAAUCUUCACUUCUUACCCUCAUUUGGGGGUUUCAAAGAGGAGAUGGUUUCUUUUAAGCCACUUUCUACUUAUUUGCCCAUUGGGGUAUUCUCAGGGUAUGGCCCAAAAAGUCAAGUGUAACUUAAUCUCCACUCAUUUUUUAAGUACUUCAUGUAUAUGCAAAGUAUUUGCUUUAGGUAACUCCUUCACCUUUCUGGUAAAUCAUAUGCUCCUGUAUAGAGCCAAUAAUCGGACCUGAAGAUAGAUUUGGAUUACUACCAUUACCUAAUAGGUUCUGUCCCUUUUUCUUUCAUAAUUUGUGGAAACAUGUCCCCUUAUCAGCAUUUUCAUAAUAAUACUUUUUAUUUAUAAUUCCUUUUCCAGAUAGAUGUUAUACGGCUUCUGAAAAUCAAAGAUAAUCCACCUGCCUGGUUUCAGCAGCUACAAUGAAUCAGGCUGACCAUUAUGGUGAUACAGGAGUCGUCUGUGUCGUUCUCUUCUCUUUCCUGGAAAGCUCCUCUGACAUUGCUUUUGCUUCCAAGCUUUCUACUUUGAAAAACCAGUUGUUAGCACCAAAGCAGUUUUCUAGUGCAUUUGAUGAUGGAGAGCUUCAGACUGAUGGCAAUAGUUUUGGGCACCCAGAGGACAGAUCUCUCGUGGCCAAUGAGGACAUUUUCCGGAAUAUAGGAGCACAGUUGGCUGUACUUGGGGAUAAAAUAGCUGCUGAGAUUGAGCCCUCAUUUGUGAACAGUCUGGCACAACAAUUCAUGAUGGAGAAUGUGUCCAGCCAGGAGGUCACCCAGCAUCUGUCUCAAGCAGUACAGGCAGUCAUGAGAACGAUGCCUCGGGAAAUGGAACAGGAGAAAGCCAUGUUAUUGGCAGCAAUGGUUUUGGCCAAGAAAGUAGCCAAUAUAGUCCCUGCCUUCCUGCAGCAGGUGUUCAACACAACAGUGAACUAUAUCAACCACAACCUCCACGAUUAUGUGAACAAUCUGGCACCUGAGAACUGAACAAAAGGGACAUGACACAACUGCAUGCAAGAACACAUUUUAUGGUUUUUUUAAACAAUGAUUUUUACAGUUUAAAAAGAAAUUGUACCAUUUCGGUAUUUUUAAACAGUUUUUGUACUUUUUAUCAAUAGUAACAUACUUUAUUUAGUUCACUGAGGUAUGAAUUGGAAGUACUCAUUUUCUACUUGAAAUCUUAAGCCAUUUUCUAUGGCCAUUUUAGAAAAAAGCAAAGUGGUUAUUAUUCUCAGGUUUGUGGUGUUGAUGGCCUCCCUCUUUGAAAAGAGGAACAGAAGCUAAUGACAACCUUACAGUAUCGUUGGAUGCUUUGUUCUGCCACUAGCUAUCCAAGUCAGAAUAUUUAAUGGGAUAGACUUGAUUUAUAAUUCUGUAUUUCUCUGAAGAAAUGAAGGGAGUGCAUGCUGUUCUGCUCCAUUUUCUGCCCUUUUAAGUUGCCAUAUAUAAAGUCUUAAAAAAUUAAAAUGUGUGUAUUGUUUUUCAUAUUUAAUAGAUGGUAGGCAUUAAUGAAGGAGCUGGAAACAAUUGGUUCUCUCAACUGAGACUUGUUCUGUCUCAUAUCUACAAAAUUAGUGGAAAUGUUAGGGAAGGAAAUUGCCUAUUUGCAAAUGACCUUGUUGGAAACCAGUACAGUAAAAGUCAAUUAUAACACUUGUAAUUCUCUCGAGUUUGGGGUUUGGCCAUUGCUGGAAUCCAGAUCUUAACAGGAAAAAAAUAAGUGAUAACCAUUGUACAAUUUUUAAUGAUUUGAUGAAGGUCUGAGUAUUGAAGUUGGGAAAUAAAUUGGAAGUCAAAUUA